AUGUUUGCGUCAUCAAUCGAUCGUCAAAUCAAUCGAAUUUCGAAUCGAUCAGAAAUUAUAUCGGUUCUAGAGAAUAUUUCGCUCAAACUUCAACCAAAUUAUGCUAUUCUAAUUGGUUCGCGGGCUGCUCUUUAUUGGUUACCAAACUUUCGACGAAGUUCAAAUGGGAAUAAUGUUGAUUGGGAUAUCAUUUGUUCUUCACAUUUUUUAUUGGACUGGUUACAUAAAAAAGACACUGAAGUAAAGACUAUCGAUAUGAUCAUUCCGAUAUCCAAUGAUAAUGAUUUAUUAGAUCUCUAUGUUUAUUGUAUCUUGAACGAUGAUUUAAAAUACGAUUUUUCUAUUCCUCGAUCAUCCAAAUCCUAUACGGCAUAUCUCUUGAACAAUUGGGAAGAUUGGACAAGCGAAACGUUCGAGGGCAGCUGGUGGAAUAAAAGAAAAAGUUCAUUACAAAAUGGGUCAGCUAAACUUUUGUUAAUAUUGAAAAAAUUCAUGCUCUACUAUCCACAUCAAUGGGUCAAAACGGCAAAAGACUAUCGACAAUUGAUCACAAUUGCUGAUCCAUUGACUGAGAAUGAUAGAAUCUUGUAUGAUUUAUUUGUUCAAUACAAUGAAAAAGUGUACGGCAGCAGGCCAGUCAAUACCGAUCAGUACGUUAUUUCUUCGUCUAAUACUCAAAAAGGUACAAUCAUAAAACGAGACGAGUUUUUCAAAAAAACUAAAGAUCAUCAAUUAGCAUUAAUUUAUCAUACAGCAAUGUCAAUGGCAAUCAGUGAUGAUAUUCUCAUUGGCUUAGAAAAAAUUUGUACACAAGGUCCACUUUGGUUGGCCGAUUUUGUGAUUGAUAAUUGGCUUUCUAUUCACCAUGAAAAAUUUAAACAAAAAAUUAAUCCACCGAAAUUCUCAAUAGAAUUCCAAAUCGAUAAUUAUCGUUUGUUUCCAGAAAUACCUGAACUAGUUCAACAAAGAAUUCUUCAUAAUAUUACCGAUACUAGUGAUUUUCAUUCGAUGAAAUUUGUGUGUAAAAAGUGGUAUGCCAUCUUACAUCAAGAACAAUUCUGGCGAGACUUGUAUUUAUCCCGUUAUGAGAAAACCUUCACUCAAAUUGAUGAUAUCCACAAUUGGAAAAUGAUGUACUUUGUUACACAUGAGGGAAAGAUUUACGAUAAUCAAGAAGGAUUUCAGAAAUUGAUCGAUGCAUCACUUCAAUUGAAACAAAUGAAGGCAGAAGAUAUUGUUCAAUUAUGGGAAGAUUUGACGCGCGAAAAUCAAUCAGUUGAAUCUGAUAUGUUCUCCAAAUUGAAUUACAUUUUAUCGAAUUCAUUUUAUAUUCAUAUGAAAGAAACAUCAGAUGAGUAUUUAGUGAGACUGAUUAUCAUUGGACUCGAUGAAUUAAAUUCACAAGUGAAUGCCGAUGUGAAAUUACAUUUCGGUGAAUAUGGAAGUUCUCGUUAUACCGAUUACAUGGAGGAAUUAUCGAUCGAAUUAAUAGCGACUGAUAAUACACGCCGCUCAUUGAAGUUUUUCGGUGCAAGUUUAUUUGGAUUUUAUCUAGGAAAAUGGGGAUAUUUUCCUCGUCAAAACAUUCUGCUUUCACAAACUCCUAGCACACUUUGUCCUCAAUUUCCAUCUGGACUUCUCGUUUGUCUAUUUAUUAUGUUGACACAUCCAGCUCAUCGAGGUCAGUUCAUUCAAUAUCUAAAAAGACUUGAAAGUCACUGUGCUGCAGUUUAUUCAACUACAGAUUACUGA